GCUCGCUCUUUGAAUUUUGCCUCGAGUUCCUUAUAGAGCCUCGCUUCUUUUUAUAUUCAUACAUAUUCGCAACUAUAACCGCCAUACACCUUUUCUUCACACAUCUCAUUUUCCUUUGUUAACCAAGCACCCUUUAGUCAGCACCUCCUCCGUCAAUCAUUUUCACUAUGCGUACUGCUUCUCUCGCCGUUUUCUUUACCGCUGCCGUUGUGUCUGCAGCUCCACUCGCUGUCAGACAGACAAUUGUCGGCCAGCCUGACUCUGGGAGCGACAUGGUCAAUGGGCCCACGGCAAUUAACACCCCCCUCGUCAACAACGGCGAGCUGAAGGACUCGUCUCUUGAUUCAAGCACGUCGUUUAAUGGUGCCGUCAUUAAUAACAAAUUCGUAAACCACAACGAAAACUUCAACCUUUACGACAAUGUUUUUUCCAACCCCGAAGUCAACAUGGUCUUCUCCGCUGUUUCAGCCGGUGCCCAUCCGGGUCUUUGGUUCAAGCGGCAGGCCUCUGUCGAUGCUGGCAAUGUUAACGCGCCGGCUGCAGUCAGUGACACGACCUUCAACAGCGGCGCUCUUCGGGAGGGCACUGCGGAAUCCGGCGUUUCUUUGGAUGGCGCAUACAUUCCCAACGCAGUUGCGACAACACCGAAAUUUCGGGCAACGAGUUUGUCAACCGAAUUUAAUACGGCUUCCAACAACAAUGGCCCGACAAUGGCCGGUAACGACAACGUGCUUAUCCCAAUCAACAACCAAGGCAUGAUCCUCAAUCUGGACUCGAGCUUCUUUGCGAGCCGGGACGCUCAGCAGCGGGCUCUGAUUAGCAGUUUCACUCGCCCGAGGUUUUUCUAGUCGCGAGUUUUAAAUAUUGCUGCUG